AUGUUUGGAUCCUAUCUUGGUCAAGUUGAGAACUUUUCAGCAUCCGUUCUAUCUAUCUAUCUCUCCAUCUAUCUAGCUAUCUAUGUCAUUCUCUUCAUAUUUAUCUAUCUAUCCCAUUCUCUUCAUAUCUAUCUAUCUAUCUAUCUAUCUAUCUAUAUGUCAUUCUCUUCAUAUCUAUCACUUUCUGUUCAUAUCUAUCUAUCUAUCUAUCUAUCUAUCUAUCCCAGUUUGUUCAUCUACCUAUCUAUUUAUCAAUUUGUUCAUCUAUCUAUCUAUCUAUCUAUCUAUCUAUCUAUCUAUCUAUCUAUCUCAUUUUGUCCAUAUCUAUCUAUCUAUCUAUCUAUCUCCAUUGCUCUUUUCUCAGUAUGCAAAACCUGUCCCCUGAUAGACUUUGUUUUUUUUCCUGUGAGGUUUGAUCAAAGAGAUGUGGUUUUCUCCAUUGCCUCUCUCAAAUUCCGUCUCAACUCAUCAGCCUGGGAUUUAAGGAUCUACAAAGCUGCCACUUCAGUUGGCGCUAUAACAUCUAAGAAUUGGGCUCAAUGGUUCCAACGAAUUUGUGACCUUUGUACAGUCGUGAUGGUCGAAAUUGUUUUAUCUCAUGUCAUGACCCUCACAAAUUCUAUGUAA